UAUAUUUGCAAUUGUAUGCUAUUUGUGUUGCAGUCACUGUUGAAAACAGCCGAUCAACUAAAGAUCAAGGGACUUUGCGAGGUGCCCGAAAGUAGAGACGGGCCACCCUCGGUAAGCCUGAGUUCGCCACCAAGGGAACCCGGCACUCCUAGAAUAAAUUUCACCAAGCUGAAGAGACAUCAUCAAAGGUACAAAAGGCCUAGAACGACGUUCGAACCUCGCGCUACAGAUUCGAGGCAUUACGAUCGAUAUAAAGAAGAGGAAUCGAACGAAAAUUACGAUUGGGAGAACAAAGAGAAUCACAUAGACUGGCAACCCGAAGAUGAGGAGUGUACGGAGGCAACUGCGGGAGCAGUAGUGCUGGAAACUUGCCAACGCAACAAUAACAAUAGUACCACUACUGGCAACACCACCACCACCACUACCACCACCACCACCACCACCACCACCACCAAUAACAACAACAAUAACAACAACAAUAGCAAUAACAACUCCAACGGCAACGGUAACAAUACAAGCAACAACAAUAACAACGGUGAUAUGUUUUGUCAUACAGGUCUCGGUCAUUACGGUCAUCAUCCGGAUCCCGGAGAGGUUGAUCUACCUCCAGAAACUCAACCAACACCGCCGAGUGCCACAUUGGUCGGUACUACAAUUACGCAUUUAAGGGACCCGGAUCAUCAUUCCACAGAGAUUCAGAAUUGUGACAGUGUAAAGAUAAAGUUUGAAACGUUGCACACAAUGGAUUCGUCGGACACAAUUGAUAUCGAUAGCCACAUGUCAGAUCGAGCGAGCGUCAGUUCAAAGAACGCAGCCGAUAGCGACAACAUGAUGAUGAUCACACCGGAAUUGCUCGGAUUGAUGCCAUCUGGAAGUUCGAUACACUCGGAUUCUGGUGAGAAUAACUCGAGGGGCCAUUCCGGACAAUCCAGCUCUCAUCAUCACGGUUCAAAAUCGUGGACCCAAGAGGACAUGGACGCUGCCUUGGAAGCCUUACGGAAUCACGAUAUGAGCCUUACAAAAGCCUCUGCAACGUUCGGUAUACCCUCGACGACUCUGUGGCAACGAGCGCAUCGGCUGGGAAUCGAUACUCCAAAAAAAGAUGGACCUACAAAAUCGUGGAGCGACGAGAGUUUAAACAACGCGCUCGAAGCACUACGGACUGGAACAAUAUCAGCAAACAAAGCUUCGAAAGCAUUUGGUAUACCGUCGAGUACCUUGUACAAAAUCGCGAGAAGGGAAGGCAUCAGGCUGGCUGCACCUUUCAAUGCAAGUCCCACCACCUGGUCGCCUGCCGAUCUCGAUCGUGCCCUCGAAGCAAUACGCUCCGGCCAAACGUCUGUCCAGAGGGCGUCGACUGAAUUCGGUAUACCAACAGGAACGUUAUACGGUCGAUGCAAAAGAGAGGGCAUCGAACUUAGCAGGAGUAAUCCCACACCUUGGAGCGAAGAUGCUAUGACCGAAGCUCUCGAAGCUGUCAGAUUAGGCCAUAUGAGCAUUAAUCAAGCGGCAAUCCACUAUAAUUUACCAUACUCCUCCUUGUACGGUCGUUUCAAGAGGGGAAAAUACGAAGAACCAGCGGUGGGUGAAAUAUCGCAAGACGGUAGCAGUCCUCAUUUUCAUCAAAGCCCGAGUCAAAACCAUUCGUCCGCUAUACCCGAACAAAUGCCGUACCAAGGCAGCUGAAAUUUACCUCUUUAUUAGAUUGCUUUGAGUUAAUUUCAGUUUUUCCAAUUUCUUGCUGCAAUUUUGCAAUAUUCGUCGCAUCGUUCUUUGAACGAGAACGAGAACAAGCAAGCAACGAGCGAUGGUAAAAGUUAGUGAUCAAAAACUCAUUGUUGAAUCAAAAAACGAUUGGCGAACGAAUUCUUCUCAAUAACUUAGAGAUUUAUGAAAAACAAGGACUUAUGACAUCGUAAAAUGACAGUGACAAUCGAUGGAUUCGAACGGAAUCUAAGGUGGUAGAAACGAGAUGUACGAUGUCACUGCAGAAAAUGAGUCGUGAAAAGUUUGCAGUAUUACAGAUGGAUUGUCGUAAGCAAAUAUUAUGUAUAUUGUAUGACAAUUACGUCGAAUCGGAAACGUAAAUUAAUUAUAAUUUAUAAUUAUUUAUAAAAGAGAAAAAGUGCUGUACAGUCGGAAUACUACCGGUAAAUUUAUUGUAGUCUGUAAGUUGACGAUGCAAUUGGCCAAUUUCAAGAGCAAAUUUCAAUUCUCAAUAGAAUUUCUGUUAUCUUGAUUUUCGCUUUUUUUUUUUUAUGUCUCUUUUAAUCGGUUACUUUCUUUCUUUAAGAUUACUAAAUAAAUUUUUCACAAAAGUGAAGUUGUUGUAUGAUCAGACACUGUAUUAUAUACAGUAGUAUUACAUUGUAACAAUAUCUUUGAAAAAAGAAAGAUUUUACAUAAAUAUAAAAGUGAGGAAGAGAUUUUGUUGAAAAACUUUCUACUCACAUACAGGUCCAAAUUAAAAUACGUAUUUUGUUAUGUUUUAAAUCGUUUAUUCUAUUAUAUUUGACCAAUGACUUGUUCGCAAGAGAAAUGAAACAAAAAUAUAAAGUUUCUAAUUGUUUCCUCCGCAUUUACAUUAAGAAAACGUCAAAAUAUUUUCGGAUUUUUUCAAAGAUAUGAAACAAACGAAAUUGAAGGAAAAGUGCGUAGAAUUUCUACAGGAUUGAUUUCUGAAAGCAAAAAUACUUUUUUCAUUAAACUAAACUGCCACAUGUAAAGAAUGUAUUGCAUCUAUUACUAAUUUAUCAUGCUCACGACUAUUAUAUAAAAACAUAUAAAUAUAUACUACUUAUAAAAAUAUAUAUAUGUACAGUUUAUAUAUUUUAAAUUAAAAAGUAAUGCGACAAAAUAAAUCUUUGUAUUUAAUACCCACUAUUGUUUAAUUUUAAUCAUCAUCGAAUCUAGGCAGAAUUCAAUGUAUUGUAUCGAAAAUCUUUUAUUAAUAUUUUAGUAAUUAAUAAAAACUCGAAACUAAAAUUUUA